AUUAUUCUAAAUUGAUUGUGGUCUAGGUCUUGAAUAAUUUAACUCUUCUUAUUUGAGAGAGAGAUAGAAAGCGGGGUUUAAGGAGAGAGGGGUUUUAGAUCGGCAGCCAUGGCAGCCCUUUCACAAGCAAACCCUAGCUCCAUCUCCACCGCAUCCACCCACCCGACGUCUCCUUCAAAUUCACCCCAAACUGAUCUACCCAAACUCGAAUCCGAUCCCGAAGCCCUAAUUCGAGAAUCCCCUGAUCCACCGAAACCAGAGGAAAAUUCCCCAAUUGAGAAAUUGUCGGACGAUUCGACCAUUGAAGGGAUCGGCGGCGAUGAAGGAGGAGAGGAGGAGGAAGAAGAAGGCGAGUGCGGAUUCUGCUUGUUCAUGAAAGCGGGCGGGUGCAGAGAGACUUUCACGGAUUGGGAGAAGUGCGUGGAGGAAGGGGAGAAGAACAAAGAGGAUAUUGUGGAGAAAUGCGUUCAGGCGACUUCGGCGUUGAGGAAGUGUAUGGAGGCGCAUUCCGAUUACUAUGCGCCGCUGCUCGAUGCGGAGGAGGCGGUGAUGAAGCAGCUUGAGGAGGAAGAGAAAUCGGAUGAUGCUGAGAAGAAGGAAUCGCCUUGAUUUUGACUCUGAUACGAUUAAUUUCGAUUUUUAGUGUUUCGUGAUAGGAAAUUGUUCUAUCUAGAAUAAACAGCACUGGAUAUUUGGCUGCCAAACUGUUGAUUUUAACAUCAAUUUCUUAAUCUUUGUGAUGUUUUGUUGUUCAAUGAACUGCCUAUUUUGGCUUUUUUAGCUUC